AUGAAAGAGGACCAGAGCCCGGAGUCGGUAGCAGACUUCACACACCAGAAGGGAGCAGGCAAGAACGUGUACCGGGAAGCCGCGCGCGCCUUCUUGGAGUCGAGCACCAACGUCGAACUCCCGGCGGAGAUCUCUACCGCCAACGGGGACCCGGCGGACCUCGUCGAAAAGUGGCAGAGCAUCGACGCCAAGGCGCCGGCGGCCAAGUAUUCUGCUAUCUGGACCGCAGUGGCGAAGGCGACGAACGAGAGGAACAGGGUGGAAGCUGAGGGGGGGACGAAAGGGAAAGGGAAGGCGAAGGACACGGGCGGGGCAGAGGCUGCGAUCACCGGGAGCACGAAACCUGGGAGUGAUGGGAGGGGCGGCGGCAGCAGCGGCAGCGACAGGGGGGGCGCGAGCAACGGCAGCAAGCAAACUCCCAAGGAUGCCGAACUGGUGAAGCCGGAGGAUGUCGGUGCGAUGUUGAUGCACAAGCAGUGGAAGAACAUCAGAAGGAACUACCGGGCCAAGCAAGAAAAGGAGGACAAAACUGGUGGCGGGGGCACACAGCAAGACGACGACGACAACGACCACGAGUACAGUAGCGAUGACAGCACGGGCGGCGGUCACGGCGACGACGAGACUCCCACGCAUGGACGUACUGCGAGGGGAAAGUGGUGA